UUGGUGAGACACACGACUAACCAACAUGGCGAAGGUGUUUACCUUUGCCGAUACACGAGCCGUUCCUGAUCCUCUGUACACUCUUAGUCUCGAGUGCCUACAACCAUCUCCGGUUCCCAUCGUCAUAGAUAAUGGUUCGUUCCAGACUCGAGCUGGCUUGGCCUGUGCUGAUAAGACUUUUGCUGAGCCACGACUGACGCUGAAGACUGUGGUGGCGCGAAGCCGGGGUGCUGCUCGAAGUGAGACUCAAAUCGGCAACGACAUCGCCAACUUAGAACCGUUACGGUGGCUGCUGAAGAGCCAGUUCGAUAGAAACGUGGUGGUGAAUUUGGAGGUUCAGGAGCUCAUAUUGGAUUACAUCUUUACGCACCUGGGGAUCAGCAGCGAGGGAAGUGUGGAGCAUCCUAUUGUGAUGACAGAGGCACCUUGCAAUCCUUUGCACUGCAGGCAGAUGAUGUCUGAGCUUUUGUUUGAGUGCUACCAAAUACCUAAAGUAUCCUAUGGAAUUGAUUCUAUGUAUAGUUUCAAUCACAAUAACUACAAGGGGGGAGUCAGUGUCCCCUCCAAUGGAUUAAUCAUCUCUUCUGGUUAUCACUGUACACACAUCUUACCAGUUUUAGAAGGAAGGCUGGACAGCAGGAACUGCAAGCGUAUUAACCUUGGCGGCAGCCAUGCAGCAUCUUACCUGCAAAGAUUGCUGCAGCUGAAGUAUCCGGUGCAUCUGGCAGCCAUCACCCUCAGUCGUGCAGAAGAGAUACUGCAUGGGCAUUGCUAUAUAGCACAUGACUAUCACGAUGAGAUGGAAAAGUGGAGAAAACCAGAUUUUUAUGAAAAGGAAGUCCACAGAAUGCAGUUGCCAUUUUCACAGAAACUGUUAGGAAGCACUUUGAGUGCAGAAGAGCGACAGGAAAGGCGGUCACAGCAGCUGCGUCGUUUGCAGGAAUUAAACGCUCGGCGCCGGGAGGAAAAAUUACAGUUAGACCAGGAGAAACUGGACAGGCUGCUCAGUGUACAGGAGCUACUUGAGGAUGGUCUGGUAGACCAGUUCCAUAAGGCAUUGGUUGAACUUAACAUGGACUCUGCCGAAGAGUUGCAUUCCUACAUCACUAAGCUGAGUUUAUCUGUUGAGCAAACCCGGCACAAGAUAAUGCAGGCAGAGGCCAGUGUUGAUGUGGAUUCUGCAGACAACAAAUCUGAAGCACCUGAGCUUGAGCCUAAUCUUUAUGAUGUGGACAGUGCAGCAGAGAUGGAUCCUGAGUUCAAAGUGGACCAAAUGGAGACAGAAAAGACAGUCAGCACAUCACAGUCCAUAUUUAACCUUGCUGAAUAUCACCAAAUGUACUUGGGUACAGAGAUGCUGCGAGUGCCAGAAAUCUUGUUCCAGCCCUCAUUGAUUGGAGAAGAACAGGCAGGGAUUGUAGAAACACUGCAGUACGUCCUGGACAGAUAUCCAAAAGAGCAACAGAAUCUUAUGGUGAACAAUAUUCUUCUUACUGGUGGAAAUGUCUCAUACCCAGGAAUAAGGGAGCGCCUUGAGAAGGAGCUUCUUGCCAUUAGACCAUUCCAGUCACAGUUUCAGGUACAUUUGGCUUCCAAUCCAAUUCUAGAUGGCUGGUAUGGUGCACGUAAUUGGGCUCUGCAGUAUAAGGACCAGGACACAGGGUGGAUUUCAAGGACAGAAUAUGAGGAAAAAGGUGGGGAAUAUCUGAAAGAACAUGGCGCCUCCAAUGUGUUUAUUCCUAUAUGCAUCAGUAAACAGACUUCAAGACCUGCUGAGCAAAAUAAUAUAGUGCCUUCAGCACCUAGCUUUGCCUCUGCUGGUGUGGAACUACUUGCUGCUGAAUAACAAGAACAAGUGAAGUGGUGGGAGAUUUUACCUUGAACAUUCAAUUGUCUAAAAGACAUGCUGAAGCUAUGCAGGGUGUAAUCCACUCCCUUGGAGUGGUAAUGCGAACAGUCAUACAGUGUGAGUGAUGUGAGGAGAACAUUCAUCAUGAUCAGAUGCACACAGUGCUUGUUGCAUCUUCAUUCUAUCACCCUUUUUAUGAGUAGGGAUCUCAUUUUUUUAGUUUGAGGUGUCAGAGCUUUCACACAUUCAGCUCACUUCUUGAAAUCCUUUUAUUUUAAAUUAAAAGUCUCCAUAUUGAUCAUUAAUUUGCCACAACUUUUCGCAGAUAAUGCAGCCUAUGAUGAGACAACAUGUCCAUUCUCUGUUCCUUUUUUUCCUUUUUCAAAUUAAUCUUUGACUGUCAUUACUUAUCUCUUACCUGCUGUGCCACAAAAAGUUGCACCUGAACACAUUGGUCCAAAUUACAUGAAGACCUGUGUGGAAGACCAACAUGGAUAAGUAUGCAAAUGCUCAGAUAAGGGUGUCGGUUAUACUCACAAAAAGUACUAAAAGGUUCAUCAGGUGUGCUGCAAAUAUGCCACAUUUGACAGUAAUCACAUGUAUGGACUUCAGGACACAAGCUAGAGAGGUGUGACAGUCAACAUGACCCACUGGUUAGCAGCUCAGAGAGGCAGGCCCUUGAGUCUCAGCAUCCAUUAUGGCCUCUGUCUUUGACUACUUCAUGUUAACUGAGCAUGUCUGACUCAAGCAGCCAUGACAGGAGUUUGGUCAUCUUCAGCCAUGACUCAAUUACUAUAAAUCUGCACAAGGAACGGUGCAGUUUUGACAGCAUUCUAAAAUCCCAUACCACAUCAAAAAUGGUGGGUUUUGUGGUUUUUGGGUUCAAUCAAGUUCAGUUCCUCUACUUGUUGUUAGGGGAAGUUUAACCUUGCUUUAGUACACUGAGGCAGUUAAUUGUGUUUCUGAAGCACCGUGUCAGGACUCACUUUUGGGACACAGGCUGCUGCCAGUGGUGAUAAGAGUAGGCCACCUAAGUAGUUGACAACACUGCAUGAUAUUUGUACCCAUUUAUUUCUGUGACUAUAGAAUGUGGAAAGACCCACGCUCGUACAGUCGCACUCGAUUCACCAUUGGGAACCAUCACUCUUACAUUUGAGUACAUUUCAUCAAGGGGGAAGCACUUGUGGGUCCUCAGUAAACUAAAAAAUGUAAAACUGGCUCCCAAAGCAGUAACACUUGAGAAACAUUGCCUUAUAAUACUGCUUUUAAUUGCAGGCCAGCCUAACGGCAUUAUACAAGAGGUGAAUGCCCAACCACAGACUCUUCUUACAUUUCCAAAUUGCAUGUAGGACAUGCACAUUGUUCCUUGGGUAGAUGUUCCUCCAACUAACUAGAUAUGAGAUGUCCUGGGGCCCGAUCAGCCGUUGGACGUACAGUGGUGUACAACUGCUGCCUUUUAUGACUGAUACGCUGCUUGUAUUGCCAAGAAUUAGGAGUUUUCUUCAGGAAUAAAAUCAGUUUGAGCCAAUCAAAUACUCUCCUGCUCAUCUUGCA